GUUGGGAAGUGUGCUCUCCUUUGGGGCUGUAGAGCUGCCCAGGUUUUCUGCUAGUUCAGGUUGGGAGGGCCAAGAUCAAGAACUAUUUCUCCAACACCAGCUGUUUAUCAGUUUUGGGGAUACAGUAGAGGAGAACAAAGACCCACCUUGUCAUUGCCCUUUUAGAACUACAGUCUCCUAUGGGAGCCAAACAUUUAUCAAAUAAUGAGACAAAUAGAACCUAAUAUUGGGUCUGCAUAGUGCUAUGAAACUACUACUUGACAGUUUGAAUGCUUAUUAUAGAGGAUUUAAUUUAGGAAAAUCGGGGAAGGUUUUUCUGAUUUGACAGUUGAGAUCUGAAAGGGAUGGGGAGUCAGAGGAGAGCCUUUGUAAAGGUCUGAGGGAUAGACAAAGUAUAGAGGAUGGUGUGAAGUCUGUAGAGAAGUAGGAAGGUGCUAAACCCUGCAGGGCCUUAGAGUUUUGUCAUUAUCCUAAGAGCAGCAGAAAGUUGAAGUGUUUAAGCCUGGUGGUGAUGUCAUUAGCUUGACGUUUCCAAAGGUUAGUUAAGCUGUAAUAGGUAGAAUGGAGUGAAAGGGCAAAAUGAAUAGGAGUAAUCCAAUAAAUGUUAGGAAGUAGUUGUGGAAAUAGAAAUGGCAGGCUCAAGGAAUAAUCUGGAAGUAAAUGGACAGGGUAAGUAGGAUAGGGAAAUGAAGUAUUAAGGGUGACUUGCAGGUUUCUGACUUGUGUAGCUGGAUUGGUGUCAUUUACUGAAUGGGGAAAAUUUAGAAGAUUGCUUUUAUACAUGUUAAGUUAUAGAUGCCUUUGAAAAAUUUUAGAGCUGUAGAAUGAGAAGUCAGGAUUCAGGGCUCAGAUUUGAUGCUUGUGUAGAAAUAAAAAAUGAGUGAGUCAUCUAUAAAUUAGUCAUGUGCAUAACAGAGUGAAGAGGGCCUAGAAUGAAAUCUUGGAUACUUAUUAACCAGGUUAGAGGAAGAUAAAUUCUCAGAAAUUCAGGAGGCAUGUCCAGGAAGGGAGGAAAACCAGAGGAAAAGAUGGUAGAACCACAGGAGAAUGGCUUGAUUGACGUACCAGAUUAUGAGCAUAUAGAAGAUGAAACUUUUCCUCCAUUCCCACCUCCAGCCUCUCCAGAGAGAGAAGAUGGUGAAGGCGCUGAACCUGAAGAAGAGUCAGGGAGAGGAGCGUCUGUUCCCGUACCUCCGAAGAGAACCGUUAAAAGGAAUAUACCCAAGCUGAAUGCUGAGAGAUUAAUUUCAGAGAGAGGGCUCCCAGCAUUAAGGCAUAUGUUUGAGAAGGCAAAAUUCAAAGGUAAAGGUCAUGAGGCUGAGGACUUGAAGACCCUAAUCAGACACAUGGAGCACUGGGCACAUAGACUAUUCCCUAAACUGAAAUUUGAAGAUUUUAUUGACAGAGUUGAAUAUCUGGGAAAUAAAAAGGAAGUUCAGACCUGUUUAAAACGAAUUCGACUUGAUCUCCCUAUUUUACAUGAAGAUUUUGUUAGCAAUAAUGAUGAAGUAGAGGAAAAUAAAGGCCAUGAUGUAACUGCUACCGAAUUAGAUCCCUUUCUGACAAACUCAUAUGGAAGUGUAGAGUUUGCUUCUGAGUCAAGUAGAAGCCUAACAGAAGAACAACAACAAAGAAUUGAGAGAAAUAAACAACUGGCCUUGGAAAGAAGACAGGCAAAGCUACUGAGUAACAGUCAGUCCCUAGGAAAUGUAAUGGUUUCUCUUGCAGACUUGUUGGUGAACACACCCAGCACACAGCCACCUGAAGAGGGUAGUACGGGUGAGGAGCAAAAGGAGGAAGAAUCAAAUGAGUUUAACAAAGACCUUCUAGAUAGUCCACAUAAUGAUGGUGCUGCCAGUACUAUAAAUGAAGAGGAGGAAUUAAAAGUAGAGAAAACGCAACUGGACCAAUCCUUUUAAAAUGUACAGUAGUUACUUAAGGCUUCAUCUAGAAAUGUUCCUGAAGUUGGAUAGGCCUCAACUGAGAAAAUCUAUUAAGUUUCUAUCUUCCAAAUUUGAGAUGACUCUGCAGUGCAUUUUGUCAGCUUUGAAUGAAAAUCUUUAUAUAGUGAAAUUUUCAGAUUCUUGUUUAAAAUCUGGUAUUAUUUUAAUUAUGCUAUGUGAUCAGUUGCUCAGUUGUGUCUGACUGGGAUCCCCUGGAUCCCCACCAGGUUCUUCUGUCCAUAGGAUUUUCCAGGCAGGAAUCACUGGAGCGGGUUGCCAUUUCCUCCCCCAGGGGAUGUCAACCCAGGGAUCAAACCUGCAUCUCCAGUGUCUCCUGUAUUACAGGUAGAUUCUUUAGUGCUGAGCCACUGGGGAAGCCUUAUUUAUAAUUAUACUUGUUUCUUAUUAACUUUUGUUGUCUAUUUUUCUCCUUAGUGUUUAUUUGUAUAUUAAGUAUGACCUUGUAAAAAUGAUUGGUAGUUAAUAAGUAGCUUUUGCUGCUUGUGUUCCAUUGAAUGCCCUGUUUGUACUAAAUUGGGUAGUGUUUUAAGAUGUACAUAUGUAUAAUAAAUACUAAUGUGCUUUUUUUUUUUUAAAUAAAAAUCUCACAAAGUA